ACAGCUUCGUGGAGGAAGAGCGACAAGGAGGAGCCAGCUCGGGUCGCAGAGUGGGCGGAGCCAGGUACCCUCGCAGCCUCUGAUUGGGUGGCACGGCCGAGCGGAGCGGCUCCGAUUGGCUGGUGAGGCCGGCGCCGCCGCCGCCAGGUGAUGCCCAAGGGUCGAGUCCCAGGGCCACGUGGGGGGCGCGCGCGGCGCGGGGGCGGGGGUGGGGCGGGCCCGGCGCUGGGUAGGAGCAGAGGCUGAGGGGAUCCGAGCUGUGAGACCUGCCAGGAGGCGCGGCAGCAGCGCCUUCUGUUCGUGGAGAUUGAAGCUGGGCACGCUGGGGACCAUGCAGAGGGCUGGGGCCGGGGCCCGAAGGGCUUCCGACUGUGGGCCUGCACCUUACCGGCCCAGGUGCAUUGCCAAGUUAGCCCAGUAUGUGGGAUCCUUUCCUGUGGAUGACUUGGAUACUCAGGACAGCGUGGGCCUUGUACAGCAGCAGCUGUGGGCCCUGCAGGACUGUUCCCGACGCCGGGCUGUCAUCCUGAAAUUCAGUCUUCAGGGUCUCAAGAUCUACAGUGGGGAGGGCGAGGUGCUCCUAAUGGCCCAUGCUCUGAAGCGCAUCCUCUAUGCCACCUGGUACCCAGCCACCUGCCAGUUUGCUUUUGUUGCCCGGAACCCACGAAGCCCAGCCAGCAAGCUCUUCUGCCAUCUCUUUGUGGGGAGCCAGCCUGGAGAGGUCCACAUCCUGUAUCUGCUGCUCUGCCGUUCCUUCCAGCUUGCUUACCUCUUGCAGCACCCUGAGGAGAGGGCGCAGCCUGAGUCCUGCCUGGCGCCUGUAGGGGACAUGUCCCCGAAGCCACCCUGCAGCCCUAGGGUACCCCCUGCCCUAGUGCGUGAGCCCUUCAGCCGGGAUCAGCUGUCACAGAAUGUCCAUGCCCUGGUCUCCUUUCGGCGGCUUCCUGCAGAAGGGCUACUGGGCAGUAAUGGGAAGGAGCUGCCAGAGUCAGAGGGCCGUGGGGGCACCCGUCACAUUCGCCUGGGGAACCCCUACUGCUCGCCCACACUGGUGCGCAAAAAGGCCAUUCGCAGCAAGGUGAUCCGCUCUGGGGCCUACCGAGGCUGCACCUACGAGACACAGCUGCAGCUGUCAGCCCGGGAAGCCUUUCCUGCUGCUUGGGAGGCAUGGCCCCGUGGCCCUGGUGGCCCCUCAUGCCUGGCGGAGAAUGAGGGAAGCCUGACAGAGAACAUCUGGGCUUUUGCUGGCCUUUCCAGAUCCUGUGCUCUUGCCCUGCUGCGGAGAGAUGUGCAUGGAGCCUUCCUGCUGUGGCCGGAGCCAGGUACCAGUGGCCAGUGGAAUCUGUCUGUACGAACCCAGUGUGGCGUGGUGCCUCACCAGGUCUUCAGGAACCACCUAGGCCGGUACUGCCUAGAGCACCUACCAGCAGAGUUCCCCAGCCUGGAGGCCCUGGUGGAGAGCCACGCCGGGACCGAGCGCAGCCUCUUCUGCCCACUCAGCAUGGGCCGUCUCAACCCUACCUACGAAGAGCAGGACUGUGGUCCCGAGGGCAGGUUCCCACGGACUCUGCGGCCCCUCAGCCAUGCCAAGUCUGAGGCAGAACUGCAAGGCCUAGGCUAGGACACAGCAAGCCCUCAGUCCCCUGUAGGCCCAGCCUUGCCUUGGCCCCUGGGCGGUCGGGGUCGUUCUGCCCUUCCUGCACCCCACCCACUGGUCACCAGCUCCAAACAGGUCAUUCUGUCCCUUGAAUUGUCUUCCAUCACUUCACUGCCAUGGGAGAGGAGCCCUGAGAUUAGAGUUGGAGAUACCAGGACCUCUCCCAGGACCUGGGGCCAGCUGAGAUACCAGAUACCGGGAUGAGCAGGUCGAGCCAGGGGACUGGUAAGCCUAGGUGACUCUGAGGAGUGGCCAUUGCCAGGUUCCUACUGUCCUCCUUGUGCAGAGGCUUCCCCAGCAGUUCCUGGGAUGUGGGUGCAGCCCUUGCUGGAGAAGGCUAAGCCUCUGCUGGGUGGGGAACCCCACAACGCUCCCCAGGAGUUGCUGGUUUGCACCAUCAGCUCAUUUCCUGGAGUCACUUUGAGUGGGACUAGCUAGCAAACCGCAGUUUGGUGGCUGCUUUAGGAAGCCACCUCAUGCUGCUGCUUGCUUUAAUACAGUGCUGACCUUUGGGCAUGGCUGGCACUGGUCACCUCAGCCCUAUUUGCGAUGGAGAACUAGGAUGAAUGCAAGCCCCACAGGGUUGGGGGGGGGUGACAUUAGCAAGGGGCAGUCCAGGGACACAUUCUAGAGAAGGCAGUGGUCCAGCCAGGGAAUGGCAAAUUCAAGUGUCCCUUAAAUCAACUCUGCAGAAUAUAUGAAUCUACCCAAAAGGACAGACUUCUUAGGUGGUGGUAGCUCACGCCUUUAAGCCCAAUGUUUAGGAGGCAGAGGCAGGCGUAUCUCUACGAGUUUGAGGCCAGCCUGAUCUACAGAGCAAAUUCCAGGACAGCCAGGGCUACACAGAGAAACCCUGCCUCAAAAAAUAAAAAAUCAACAACAACAAGAAGACAAGAGAGAGGUGUAGGCAGGAAGGAGGGAUGUCCUUGUUUAGUGCCUUGGAUACCACAGGUUUCAGUGGAAGCCACAGGUUUUGGGUUUUAGAUCCCUUGGGAAGGAAGUAGCCUCUACGGGACAAACUGGGGAGAAAUAUGACAGCUCAGGCCUGGUGUUUCCAGCAUCCCUGCCAACCCUCCCGCCCCACGCGCGCGCGCAUGCACACACACACAAACAUUAGGAUAAGGCCUUAGCUCAGUAUAUUGCUGUUUCUUUCAAGUGAGGUCUCUUGUGAGGGGUGGAGAGAAAGGUGCCUGUGGAACUCUUUCACAGGAGACACCAUCUCUAGAUUGAAUAUGAGAGGCAGUCCUUCCAUGCCACGCCCACCUGCAUGCCUGGGAGCAGAGAGGUUAGCACGUCCUGUGCCCAACCCCAGAGAGUUACACCCGAGGAAACUUGGUAACGACUUGACCCAGACUCUAGGCCAGGGCUCUCCAGGAGGGUAUGUUCGGAGUGUGAAUCGCCAAUGUGUACAAUACCAGGAGAACCUCCACGCAUCCAAGGGACCAGCCUUCCCCAUGCCCUUUGACAUUUCUUCCGAAGCAUUUCUUGAUCGCAUGGUACACAUGGCGCAGUCUGGAGCCCGUGUGUUCAGACGGUGCCUUACGCACAGGCCAUGGCUCUGUCUCUGUGCAGACCACCACCACAGUUCUCUCAUGUGCACUUUGAGACAAAUAAACCACAUUCUACACA